AUGGAGCGCGAAGCGAGGGAGCAGACUAGGAACAUACUCGCCGCGAGCAGCCUCGACAACACCCAAGGCCUCGCCGCUCUCACCCUCGCUCACUCCCUCUCUGGCUGCCUCGAUGACACCCUCGCCUUCUCCAACAACUUCAACGACACCCUCGCGCUCGCCCUCGAUGACAUCCUCGGCCUCAAACACAAACUCAAAAUCGACAGCCUGGAUAAUCUAGUUUUCAAAUUGUGGCAGAUCAACCUCGGGCUCGGGCUCGGGCUGAGGCUCAGGCUCGGGCUCGGGAGGACCCUCGUCUGGUUCAAGAUCAAUUACAUCUUGCUCCACGGGUGGAACCAGCACAGGUGCAUUAUCAACCAACACUUCAUUGUUGAAAAUGGGAGGGAAAAGAUCAUCCAAAUCUUCCAAGGCAGGAUUGGGAGAGAAAAAGGUCGUCCAAAACCCCACCAAAAGGGAGAGCAAAAAGAUCACUUAGUGCUGCAAAAUCAGGAUCCCGAUCUAGCGGUGGAACCAUAUUGGGGAGAGAAAGUUUCACCAACUCAUUCACACAUAUCAAAUCAAAUUCCAUUCCAUAACAUCACCAAAAAAAAGAAAGAAAUAUUAAUGGGAGAAGGCAGAAGAAGCCGCAAGAAAUGCUUAGCAUACGUCGCAGCAUUCAUAGUGUUCCAAACAGCCGUCAUUUUGGUCUUCGCUCUCACAGUUAUGAAGAUCAAAAGCCCGAAGGUGAGGUUCAACGCUAUGGUUGUCGAAAGCUUCAGCUCCAGCAACAGCACCGCCACUUCCAUCAACAUGAAGCUUCUCGCUCAGCUCACCAUUAAAAACACCAACUUUGGUCAUUUCAAGUAUGACGAGAGCACCCUCGUCAUACUGCACAAGGGUGUGCCACUCGGGGAGCAUGUUAUCCCCAAGGGGCGCACCAAGGCCAAGAAAACACAGAAGUUUGAGAUCUCCGUGGAUGUGAGCACGGCUAGGGGAUCGGGUCCUGAAUUGAGAAAUGAGAUCAAUUCUGGGAUUUUGAAGCUCAGCAGCCAAGCAAAAUUGAGUGGGAAGGUGCAUUUGUUUAAGGUUAUCAAGAAGAAGAAAUCUGGGGAAAUGAAGUGUGAUUGGGACAUUAAUUUGGGCACUAGGCAGGUGGAAAAUUUGAACUGCAACUGA